AUGGCUCGAGGCGCCCAGGCAGCGCAGCAAGCUCGGGCACAGGAGGAGGAGGGUGACACUGGCCAGAGUGGUGCCGAAGCAGCCGCUCCAGCUGCCGACGCCGGGGAGACCGGCCAGGGCGGCGUGGACGGCGCCGCCCUGGCAGUUACUAAAGUUGAGGCCGGUCAGGGCAAUGCGGCUAGCGCCGCCCGAUCGGACACAGGAGGAGAGACCGGCGGGGGCGCGCAGGAGUGCCCUGCCGACCGUGCGGAGGAGGAGACCCUCGUCUUGGAGCCCUCGAGGGGCGAGGGUGAGGGCAUCGCAGAGGAGGAGACGACGCAAGAGGCGCCGGUGGUGGAAGGAUCCCCUGUCCCGGGGCCCGCGGAGGCCCGGGACGAGGUUUCAGUAGAUAUUUGGCCAAUAAUUCCCAUUGCAAAUAUUGCGUGCUGA